AUGAAGACCACUAUCGCAACACUCGUUCUCUUCGUCACCGUGGGUCUGGGCGCCAAUACGACGUCCCUCUGCAACGAUGUGGGCAACAAGGUGGUUGAGGACAAGGGUGUCUGUUCCCGCGCUGGAGGUGUGCCUCUUGGGAAGGGAAUCUGCUGCUUCGACCAGUCCAAUGCUCUCGUUCAAUCGAAGUUCGACAUUGCGUGUGACGACAAGUUGGGUACAGUGCAGUAUAUUGGGGAGGCUUGCCAAGCUUAG